UUAAGAUAAUAAGACAAGAAGCUUUCUCUGUCUCCCUCCAUUUCUACUCAGUACAGCAAGAAGCCACUCUUCUUUUCCAAAAUUUCUCAGUCUACAAAGUAAAGUUUACAUUGUCUCUUCAAAAAUCUUAUUUUUCUUCUCGGAUAAGCUCAAAGAGGCUUGGAUCGCUCAGUUAAAAAAAAGUUUUACUAUUUCCCGGAGGAAACACGCCGGAGCAGAUCCCUUUGGUUUUUUGUUUUUGUUUUUGUUUUGGGGCUCUCCUUGUUAACUAAAAAGUAGGGUUUAUGGCUCAGACUCAGAUAAUAUGGUAAUGAAAGGGGAUUCAGUGGAAUCAGACGUUUCUGAGCAAAACAGUGAAGGGAGUUUCGAAACCCUAGACCAGAUUGAGGAAAAAGCUUCAUCGAUUUUUGAGUUUUCGCUUCAUUUUGUUGACGUGAGUGAGUCGCUGGAGAAGGAGGAGGAAGAACGACUGAGAGUGGUUGAAGCGAGGGACAAGAAACUUUGUUUGCUUGAAGAUUUAGUAUCUCGUAGAACAAGUCUUUUAGAGGAGAAAGAGAUAGAAUUUGACUUGAGACAGGUCAUUGAAGCAACAAUCGUGAUGUUGGAAAGAAAGGAGGAGACUUUUGAGCUGAAACUGAAAGAAGAAGCUGAUAAACUGAGAGAGGAGAGUGAACUUACGAGGAUUAAGGAGAAGGAACUGGAAAAAAUGUUGAAAGAGAUUGAGUUGAAGCAGAUGAAAUUAGAAGAAAGAUUAAAACAACAGGUAAUAGAAGCAGAGUCUCGAAAGAUAUCAAACCUUGAAAGUGAAGCAAGAGAGAAGAAGCUUAACUCACUUGAGGAAGCUAUCGAAGAGAAGACUGCCGAGUUGAAAAGAAAGGAGGAGACUUUUGAGCUGAAACAGAAAGAAGAAGCUGACAAAUUGAGAGAAGAGACUGAACUGAGGAGGAAUGGUCUUGAGAUUAAGGAGAAGGAACUGGAAAAAAUGUUGAAGGAGGUUGAGUUGAAGCAGAUGGAAUUAGAAGAAAGAUCAAAUCAACAACUUAUAGAAGCAGAGUCUCGAAAGAGAUCAAACCUUGAGAGUGAAGCAAGGGAGAAGGAGCUUAAGGCACUUAAGGAAGCUAUCAAAGAGAAGACUGCUGAGUUGAAAAGAAAGGAGGAGACUUUAGAGCUGAAACUGAAAGAAGAAGCUGAUAAAUUGAGAGAGGAGAACGAACUGAAGAGAAAAGGUCUUGCGAUGAAGGAAGAGACACUGGAACUAGAGUUGCAGCAGAUGGAAUCGAAAGAAAGAUCAAAACAACAACUUGUAGAAGCAGAGUGUCGAAAGAGAUCAAACCUUGAACUUGGGCCGUCCUUGUUGGCAAAGAAUGAUAGUGAUGCUGCUUCUCUUACUCGCCAAGCAAAAAAACAGAAACCUCAGGAAGCAAGUGAUGGAGACAUUGAAGAAAUUGUCUGCACAGAUAAAAGCUAUGAGGAUCCUAAAUUGUUAACUUGUCCUGAUAGAAGGAUCAAUGAUUUUAGCAAGUCAAUGAGCUCUUUUGCUGUUGAUCAAGUAUGGGCUUUAUAUGAUCCUAGAGAUGACAUGCCCAGGAUCUAUGCUCAGGUUAGAAGAAUUUUUGACUCCCAAUUGAGUCUAGAGGUGACAUUACUUGAACAUGUCAAAACUACAAAAGAUGAGAAAGCUAUUCUUAGUGGUUGUGGGAGAUUCGAAUAUGGAGAUACAGAGAUCAAGAACCACUUGAUAUUUGUUCAUGAGAUGGAUCACAUCGUAUGUGCCAACAAUGUCAUUGUGAACCCAAGAAAAGGUGAAACAUGGGCUCUUUUCAGAGAUUGGAAUGAAAGUUGGAACAGUCACCCGGAUCUGCAUGAGCCUCCUUAUAGAUACGACUAUGUGGAAGUCAUCUCCGACUUUGACGAUCUUUCAGGCAUUGCAGUGGCCUACAUGGGGAGAGUUGAAGGAUUUGCAUCGGUUUUUAACCGUGCUGAGCAGAAUGGACCGAUCAAGAUCAUAGUCUCACCGGGGGAAAUGCAGAAGUUUUCUCAUAAAGUGGCAUCGGUUAAAUUGAGCGGAGAUGAGAAAGAGGGAAUCCCAGCUGGGUCUUUUGAGCUAAACCCUGCUGCUACCCCGAGCUACGAUUCGGUUGUACAUGAAAAUGGGUCUACAAAAUAUCUGCCCAUUAUAAUAGAUUGAAGGAUUCAUGUACCUUUCUUAUCAGUAUUUGGCUUUUGAGGCUGCAGGAAGUAGUGAAACUGUUAUCCUUUUGGUUUAUGUUUCUGUUUUCUCUAAAAACCUGUUUAUCUUUUGAACUGAACCAACUUCUUUUGUCAAAAAAGAAAGAGAAUGCUUUAGGAAAAGUGGAUUACUCUGUGUCUCUCAAAGUUUCAACUUUGUUUUCAGAUCGAAACAGUUUCACGACUUGCGCCUUAAACCUAACACAACGACCAGGAAGGUUCACAGCUUCACAUGAUCAUCUCCUGUAUCUUGAUAAAUCUUCAGCUGUAACAGUCUUACACUAAAAUCUACUCGUGUCGAUACAAGCUGAAACAACGAUCCCCAAGCUUUUCGUAUAUCCACGAAACUUUCAAGUCUAUUAUUGAAACCAAAGCCGUACAUUUACAUAAAUACACCACAGAACAGAAAAAAAAAGACUGAAACUUUAGAGUCUAAUACAUCGUUACCUUAUAUCUCCAAAUGCUAUUAACUAUAGACAAUAUAAAUGCUCCCAAAUAUAACCAGAAAGAUCCGAACUUGAUACAAUCCAUAAAGCUUUGCAUCA